UAUACUUUGUAGUAAUAUAGUUUGUAUAUACCUUCCGUGGGAUCGAUUGCGUUUCUUUUGAUACGCCGUCAUCAACUAUGCAAAUUUCCGUCUACCUUUAUAGGCAUUAUAGAUAUUCACUAAGGGAAUACAAGAUAAACAGGAAAUUUAUAUUCGAGCUGAUCUCUGUUAUGAAAAGGGUUACUAGACGCAUUCUAGUUUUCGGUAGAGAGUCAGAAUGAACGCGGAGCAUUAUAAAAUCAAUCAACUCUUCAUGUCGUGGAUCGGUCAAUGGCCGGAACAGUCCGCCUUGAAGAGAAUCUUUCUUUCCUGUCACGUUUUUCUCAUUGUUUGCAGUCAAUAUUGUUUGCUGAUACUCGGUUUAGUGGCGGCGUGGCAGGAUUGGAGUCUCGUUAUCGAAUGUUCAUCUCCUAUUAUCAUUCACUCACUGUGCAUCAUAAAGUUUGCAAAUUAUUUCUUUAACGCUCGCAAGGUACGUGAGUAGAAAUCUUAAAUUUAAGCACAUGUCACUAAAAGUAUAUUGUGUCAUAUAAAUUUGGACAGUUCAAUAGUCUCUUUAUCCAAAUGAGAGACAGCUGGAG